CUAUGGUUUACAGUCAUUUUUGAUUUCAGAAGGUCGUCUGUCGUGGACAAAUUGUCAAAGUAUGGACGAAAUCGAAAAAGAGAAAAUAGCUGCAUUGCCAUCUCAACUACUAGUCACGACAAUAUGCCACCCAAUGGAAUAUGCGAAAGUUCUCAUUCAAUUGGGCUACGAACCAUUACCUCCUCGCCGGUCAACAACACUCUUCGGCCGCCCUGCCAUGGUAUUACCUAACGUUUUCCAAUACAUAAAGUAUAUCAAGGCUUCAGAUGGAUUUUUUGGAUGCUAUAGAGGACUCUCCGCCCGUGUGCUGGGGUUGAUAGCGACCAGUCAACUCACGUCAAAAGUGAUUUAUGUUUGUGGCAUCAACCUGCCUGAAAUCAAUGACCCACCAAACAUCGUCACCGAUGAGGAACCUAAAGUAGAGGAUUACAUCAAGCUCGGCCGACGAGACAUGAUAAUGCAUACGGCUUCAGUCAUCGUGUCAUACCCAUUCCAUGUAGUUGCACUGAGAAUGAUGGCUUCAUUUGUGGGUAAAGAGGAAGAAUAUAGCACAUUGAUCGGCGCCAUCGUAUCUAUUUACAGAGACGAUGGAAUACGUGGGUUUUUCCAUGGAAUUAUUCCUAAAAUGCUUGGUGACUUGACAUGUGUAGCUGUCACAGGUGUGUUGGCUUACUAUGUAAACAAAUAUUUGGUUAAGACCAAAGACCUUAGAUAUUAUACGGUCCCAUUACUAACAUUUGUUACCAGCACUAUCACUUAUCCACUAGUUGUGGUAUCUACUUGUAUGGCAGUUGCUGGCUCAAGUCUCAAGGCUGGCAACCCUCCUGCUAUGCCCAAAUAUCCAUCUUGGCAAGCAUGUUGGAGAGAUUUACUGAGAAACAAACAACAUAAACGUGGUUCCUCUCUAAUCUUUAGGUACUACAUAGCUCCAAUUGCAGCUAUGCAGUAGUUACCCUGAGACUAAUAUUAAUGCAUUUAUCUGUUUGGAUUUAUUUGCUAAGUGAUAUUCCACAACCACCAAAGUAGUGUCAAUCUCUUGUAGAGAGUUAAAUAUUAUGUAAAAUGAAUGUAAAUAAUUAUAGUAUAAAUGGUGUACUAUGUGGAUUCUUGUUUUGCUAGAUUGUUGAUUCAAGGUGUGGUUAUAUUUAAAUAAAAUUAUUUUAUUUGUCA